AUGCCCCUGAGGGUGAAACUCCAGGAAGCCCUGGGCCCUCUGAGGCAGGAGCUGGAGGAGGCCCUGGUGCUGGUGUCUGAAGAGGAAAAGAAAAUCAGGGAGUGGCAGGUGGGUAAUGGAAUCACACGUGAAUUUAAGAAACUGCACCAGGUUCUGAGUGAGGAAGAGCAGCUGCUCCUGUGGAGACUGGCGGCGGACGAGAGGGAGACACUGCAGAGACUACAGGACAAUAUAACAAAGCUCUCAGAGCAGAGCACCACUCUGAUCAAUCUCAUCACAGAGCUACAGGAGAAGUGUCUGCAACCAGCCGCUGAGCUGCUGCAGGAUGUGAAAAGCACAUUGAUCAGGAGUGAGCAUGUGAAACUCCAGCCACCAGAAGCCGUUUCUCCUGCCCUGAAGAACGGGUAUAAAAUCUGCCUUGACAUGAGGGAAAUGCUGAAGAGAUUCACCUGUGAUGUGACUCUGGAUCCAGACACGGCUCAUCCCAACCUUGUUCUGUCUCAGGAUAGGAAACGUGUGAGACACAAAACCAAACGACAAAAUCUGCCCAAUAAUCCUGAGAGAUUUGAUCCCUGUGUCUUUGUCCUGGGCGCUGAGGGAUUCACGGGCGGGAGGCAUUACUGGGAGGUGGAGGUAGGAGACAAGACUAGAUGGAAACUGGGGGUUUGUAAGGAGUCUGUGAGCAGGAAGAGUCCAGAUCACCUGUCGCCUAAAAAUGGAUACUGGACUGUGUGUCUGAGGGAUGGGGAAUAUGAGGCCCUCACCUUCCCUGUAACCACCCUCCCCAUGGGCAUCAGGCCCAGCCAGAUGGGGGUUUUCCUGGACUAUGGGGCGGGAGAGGUCUUUUACAAUGUGACUGACAGGUCCCAUCUCUUCACUUUCACUGACACCUUCUUCGGGACAGUCCGCCCUUUCUUCAGUCCCUAUGCCAAUGCUGGGGGUAAAAACGCAGCUCCCCUGAGAAUCUGCCCAGUCCCAGCUCAGGCUGGAUGGGAUCUUUGUCCCUGA